AUGGCUGGUCGAGGUGGGGUUGAGAACAAUGCUCAAGGAAAACUCCAGUGGGAUGGGCUAGUCCCACCAGAAUGUCAACCUCAACCAUCCAUCCUACGAUUGAACCCUGAUCGCCAAUGGGAGAUAGCACGAGAGCCACUCCAUUUGGGAAUUGACAUCAAAAGGACCCCUGGAAUUGGUCCCGGUAUCGCAUUUGCUCAUGAACUCCUAGCCAAAGCUGGACCAAAUGCUGGCGCUGUGGGUUUAGUUCCAUGUGCCAGAGGUGGCACUUUAAUUGAAGAGUGGGUUAAAAAUCCUAGCAAUCCUAGUGCAACCUUUUACCAAAACUUCAUUGAACGAAUCAAAGCAUCAGAUAAAGAUGGUGGGGUUGUGCGUGCGCUUUUCUGGUUCCAAGGAGAAAGCGAUGCAGCUAUGAAUGACACCGCUAUUAGAUACAAAGACAACCUAAAGAAAUUCUUCACUGACAUUCGCGAUGACAUAAAACCUAGAUAUUUGCCCAUCAUUGUUGUUAAAAUAGCUCUGUACGACUUUUUUAGGCCGCACGAUACUCAUAACUUGCCAGCAGUGAGGGAAGCACAAGAAGCAGUCAGUAAGGAGUUGCCUGAUGUGGUGGCUAUCGAUUCGUUGAAAUUACCUAUAAACUACACAACAAAUGAAGGCAUCAACCUAGAUCAUGGCCAUUUUAACACCACAACCGAAAUUACUUUGGGAAAAUGGUUGGCUGAAACCUACCUCUCCCACUUUGGUCAAUUACUCUAA